UCCCGUGGCGUAUCCUCCCGCCCCCCGCCCUCGCCUGUCGCCAGCACUCGCCGCUUGCGGGGCUGCCGCCGGGGUGGUGCCAACAGAGCCGGCCGGCUCCGCGCCUCGGGAUGUGCUGAGCAGGGGCCGCUCCCUCGGGCCGCUCCGCGCCUCACCCGCCGCCCGCCCGCAGCCCGCGCCGCCCCCGCCUGCUCGGAACGGGUCGCUCGCCGGUGGCGGAGGAGCCUGGCGAGCUGUUUGAAGAAAGUCUUCAGCCAUGGAUGUAUUCAUGAAAGGGCUUUCCAAGGCAAAGGAGGGAGUCGUAGCAGCAGCAGAAAAAACCAAGCAGGGUGUGGCAGAGGCAGCAGGAAAGACGAAAGAGGGAGUCCUCUAUGUGGGUUCCAGGACCAAGGAAGGAGUUGUUCAUGGUGUUACAACAGUGGCUGAGAAGACCAAAGAGCAGGUGUCCAAUGUUGGGGGAGCUGUGGUGACAGGAGUGACGGCAGUGGCGCAAAAGACAGUGGAAGGAGCAGGGAACAUCGCUGCAGCCACUGGCUUGGUGAAGAAGGACCAGUUGGCCAAACAGAAUGAAGAAGGUUUCCUGCAGGAGGGAAUGGUGAAUAAUACAGGUGUUGCUGUGGAUCCUGAGAACGAGGCUUAUGAAAUGCCUCCAGAGGAAGAGUAUCAAGACUAUGAACCUGAAGCAUGAGAGUCCUUUCCUUCCUUCCUAUCACCUGAAAUCUACUAACUACUAAAGACGUCCCAUCCUGUACGAGUGCUGAGUUCUAAUGUGCCCAGUUGUUCAAUUUUUUUACAGUUUUUACGGUGUAUUUUGAAGUCUUCCAUCAGCAAUGAUUGGAGUAUCUGUGACUGCAUCCACCUUGUUUCAGCAUUUCCCUCCUGCUGAAAUGAAAGCCAGUUGGCAGGGUCAUUGUUGUGCUGUGGAUAUUGUGGCUUCAAGUUUAAAAGUUAGAAAAUAUUAAGUAAAAAACACCUAAGUGUCUACUGCUUAUUUCUAAUUCUGUACAUGUUUUGUUGAUAGGUUGUCAGUAAUUUGAUAUUGUUCAUGAUACAGUUUUUAUUUGUUUCCUAUGACUAUUCUUUCUGUGCAGAGAUGACUUAUUGUGAGAGCUUUAUAUAUAUGUGUAUGUAUUAUACAUAUAAAAAAAGUAAUUGAGCAUGAACUAUGCACCUAUAAAUAUUAGCUGUUGAAAUUUUAUUGUUUUGUGAUGUGUUUUAUUAACUUGUGUCUGUAAAUAAUGGUGUUCAACUGAAGCAAAUAAAACGUAACCCAUUAAAAAUUAA